CGCUUUCUCCCCAUGUCAAGUGAAGUCUCCCUAAUUAUCUAGGGAUUGUCAAAGAUACCAGGACUUGCCACAAUGUCUGACAAGGUUUUGCUCCCUGGAACCCAAUGCAUUGCAAAAGUGGACCAUACCAAACUCAAACCCCAGGAGCUGAAACUGCAAAAGGGCGACUUAGUUACGAUAGUCAGUGCUUGCCAGGAAAAAGGUUUGUACCGAGCCUAUCACAAUGCCAGUGGGAUGGAAGGUCUGUUGUCCGCCAGCUCUGUCCGCAUUCGUCCUCCUAUCAAGGUUGAUUCUCAACUCAGCCUCAUGCCGUGGUUCCAUGGGGCACUUUCAGGGACUCAGGCAGUUGAACUACUAAAUGCGAAAGAGGAUGGACUCUUUUUGGUGAGAGAAUCAGCCAGACACCCUGGAGAUUAUGUGCUGUGUGUUUGUCACAAUGGGGAAAUUAUUCACUACCGGAUAUGUUACCAGGGUGGAAAACUCUCCAUUGACAUGUCACAGACGUUUGGCAACCUCAUAGACUUGAUUGAGUAUUACACCACUCAGCAGGGUGUUCUAUCAACAAAACUCAUAAAACCAAAAACCAAACAAGGAGCAAAAUCAGCAGAACAGGAGCUGGCAAAGGUGAGUGGAUGGCUUCUCAAUUUUCAGCACUUGACUCUUGGAAACAAAAUUGGAGAGGGCGAGUUUGGAGGUGGACGUACCUUAUACUGUUUUUCAGAUGUUCUACAGGGAGAGUACAUGGGUUGUCCGGUGGCUAUCAAGAUUAUAAAGUGUGAUGUCACUGCACAGAAUUUCUUGGCAGAGACCGCCACAAUGACGAAACUCCAGCACAAAAACUUGGUGAAUUUGAUGGGAGUCAUCCUUAACAAUGGUCUGUAUUUGGUGAUGGAGAUAAUGAGUAAGGGAAACUUGGUAAAUUAUUUGAGGUCUAGAGGGCGAAAUAAGAUUCCUCCAAUGCAACUGCUGCAGUUUUCACUGGAUAUAGCUCAUGGGAUGGAAUAUCUAGAGGGGAAGCGACUUGUGCACCGGGAUUUGGCAGCCAGGAACAUCUUGAUUUCUGGAAAAGAAGAGGCCAAAAUCAGUGACUUUGGUCUGUCCAAGUCUAAGCUACAGCCAGAAGACCUCAGCAGGCUUCCUGUAAAAUGGACAGCUCCAGAAGCACUGCAACAUAAUAAAUUCUCUUCCCGAUCAGAUGUAUGGAGCUUUGGGGUGUUAUUGUGGGAGAUGUAUUCAUAUGGAAGGCCGCCUUAUCCAAAAAUGUCUGUCAUGGAAGUGUUGGAAGUAGUGCAAAAGGGAUACCGCAUGGAAUCCCCUGAGAAUUGUCCCCCCUUAAUAUACAACCUUAUGAGUAGCUGCUGGGAAUUAGAUCCAGGGAAACGCCCUACUUUCAAGAAGAUAAGGGAGAAGUUGGAAAAGAUCUUGACUGGACAGUAAAAAUGCAAUGACAUCAGGAAACUUGUCAAUGAUUUCAUCUAGUAUGUAAUAUAACUGGAAUCUAAGAUCACCAGAAAGCACUUAUCUUGCCAGUUAUGGGGCACUGCAGUCUGACAGUUACCUCAAGGACUAUUGCCUGUUACAAGAUGUCAUUCAAUUUAGGUUUCCAUAAGAAACUAUAUGGGAUGCCACUUUUGCACCCAUUAUUGUGAUCCUUUCACCGGGGACCUUUUGAAAUUAUGUUACACGCCACAAAUCCUUUACAUUGAGAGAAUUCAACAGAGGUAUUCCAAGUCAACAGAAAACACUGUUUAAGCAGCUUUAUUAUGGACAUGUCUUGGCUGCUAACAAGGUGUUUUGCAUAUGCCAAGCUCACAUAUAAACACAAAUGUUUCCUGGUUAUAUAAAAAAAAAUUAAACAUAUAGCUCCCUUCACAAUUUCAAGCUGACCACAAGAAGAAUAUUGUCCAGUACAAAUAUUUCCUUUUUUGCAAUGAGCGGUUUUAUAAAAGUCCUUAGGGCUGAUGAAAUUCUAAUAGGAAGAGCCACAUACUAGUGGUAUUCCCCAUGACUGCUUGCCAAUGGAAUGUAUUAGUAGCAUUCUUAACAGCUAAGGAGACCACAAGCCAUUGAGAUGAAUCUGUUUCAUAACAGAAGAGACUAGGGGGGCCGAAUUAUGCCCCUUGUUUCAGCUUGCCGGAAACAGAAGUUAUGAAGCAGCGGUCUAAAGACCGCUGCUCCAUAACUUGUCAGCCUGCUCUGAGGCAGCGGACAGAAAUUAACCCGAUCGAAUACGAUCGGGUUGAUUGACACCCCCUGCUAGUAGCCGAUUGGCUGCGAAUCUGCAGGGGCGGUAUUGCACAAGCAGUUCAUAUCAUAUCAUGUUUGCUUGCACUUUGACAAAUAUACCCCUAAAUUGUGAAUUCUUUUAUAACUGGGAAUUUUUUCUUGGAUCUGCCACUGGCCUACAAGACCCAUAUUUUUUCUUUACAAGAAAAAGACAAGAGUGAACCUUUGUCUGGCUGAGAAAUUGGAAUUAAUUGAUUUAAUUAUUGGAAAAUGAUAUCCAUUUUGUCUAAAUUUGUUAGAAGUGGUGACUGUAUACGGCAAGAUAGAUAAGGACUACUUAUGAACUCUAGUUGGUUUCCUUUUAAAAUGAAUUUCAGUGCCGAUGAUCUGAUAUUGACUCACUGUGGGAUGAUGUAGGCCAGCCACGUCCUCUGCCUUUUGUCUAUAUGCAACAUUUGUAAUCAUUUAAAAACUGAUAUGUUUUUAAAUAUUUACAUUAAUGUAUCAAUUAAUAUUCAAUUAAUAUUCAAAUAAUAUUUUAUCUAAAAUUGUAAAGUUAAUUGAAAGGUUGUGCUAAAUAUGGUCAUAUUACAAAGAGUCUCACAGACACAUACGGCAAGAUUACAAGUCGCACAGCAAAUCAAUUGCGAAAACACCCUGCGCAUUUAGGUUUUUGCGCAUUUUUGGUUGUGCAAAAUCACUUAUUUUUCGUGCGUGUUAACCCGAAUACCACACAAUAUGUAACUUGCGUAACGAUUCUCUAGAAACUAUACCACUAAGUUUUUGUUUGCUUACAAUCUUUGGACACAUAUGACUGUUGUUUUGGGAAAUAUAUAAAAACACGGACAUUAUAUGACCAUCCUGUGACUCUAGGAAGGAAGAAGGAAAAGAUACGAAGAACUACAGGAUAUCUGGUGAUAUAUGUUGGUGUUCAUUAUAUGCACUAUCUGCACAUAUAUGUUAUAUAUCUUGUGAGUUUUUAAGAUUUGUUAGGGGCUUAUUAAAGUUGUUUUUUAAUACGGCACAGA